GAAAUACCUAUCUAGAAGAGGUCCUUUUUUGAUUCCAUUAUACUUCAUCUUUCGUUAGAAGUCAGACAAAAUUUGUAACCACAAAAGUUACAAAAGCCAUAAAUGCUAAGAAACAGUCUAUCCUUCCGCCCCUUCCUUCGGGGAGUCGGUGAAUUCGGUGCAUUUUGUACACCUGUACGUUUAUUUCGGAACUCAGCUGCUUUAAAAUACGCUGCUGCAGCUGCAAAGACCACGCCAGGAAAAUUACCCCCGAAAAUGGCCAAGUUGAGGAAGCAAUUUCAGGCUCAAAACGAUUUGCCCAUCUUUCUUAAGGGAGGAAGUAUGGACAACAUAUUGUAUAGGCUAACAUGGGUGCUGUGUUUUUUGGGAUUAGGUGGAGAUAUAUGGUUGUGGCUUGGCUAUAUCAUAGCAUAAAAUUAUGGAUUACGAAGAUAUUCCAAGUUUCGGGCGGGAUUAUAUUAUCAUCUACAUUGUUGGCAUUAUGUAGCUACUGAGCCAUUACACUAUACACAAUUUCAACUUUUUCGUUUCUGUACAUAAUACAUAAUAUACGGCAAAUCAAUUAAAUAUUAACUGAAGAAUUUUUCCUUUACCUUUAAAUGUAAUAAUAAAUUCAUAUUAAACCGCCAAA